AUGCAUUCGCCCCCGCGUAACCACCCUGGUCUGUUCCCUGGCGUCGUGAGUGAGCGUGUGUUCCUUCCCCAGGUGCAGCUCGAAGCGCACGCCACCAUUCUCCAAACUACAUCCCGCGUCACGCUAACGCAGACCUUCAUCAAUCCCUCGGCGACCAAGGCCAUUCGUGAAGUCAAGUACGUCUUCCCGCUCUACGAAGGUAUCAGUGUCGUUGCCUUCACCUGCCAUGUCGCGGACCGCACUAUCGUUGGCGAGGUCAAGGAAAAGAAUGAAGCGAAGCAAGACUACACGCAAGCUGUCCAGCGAGGAGAGACCGCGGGUCUCUUCGAGCAACUUGAUACAGCUGACACGUUCAUGACCACCGUUGGGAACGUGCCUCCUGGUGUCCGGGUCGUCAUCGAGCUUACCUACCUCGGAGAACUGAAGCACGACAUGGAGGUGGAUGGUAUCCGCUUCACCAUUCCGAGCAUCAUCUCGUCUCGGUAUGGCCGCACAGCACCUGGAUCCGAGGCUAUUUUGGCUCAGUUCCAAAACUUUACACCCUCACGCGGAGGUCACUCAGGCAACAUCUUAAUCACCGUCGACGCUGAGAUGGCAGAGGGCUCAUUCAUCCAGAAGAUACUUUCCCCCAGUCAUCCUAUCUCAGUUUCCAUGGGUACUACAUCGAUCGCUCCCAACGACGUACCUGAAAUGUCAAAAGCGUCUGCAACCCUUGGAAUUCAGAGCACGCAUCUCGACACCGACUUCGUCCUUCAGAUCGUCGCAAAAGAUACUGGUAUUCCGAAGGCCAUCCUCGAAACACAUCCCACCAUUCCCAAUCAGCGAGCCUUGAUGGCCACGUUGGUUCCCAAGUUCGCCCUCCCGCCUCAGAGUCCGGAGAUCGUCUUUGUAUGCGACCGCUCGGGAUCAAUGGAAGGCACUAGGAUCGCUCUGGCCAAACAAGCUCUCCAGAUCUUCCUCAAGUCGCUACCAGUAGGCGCCAUGUUCAACAUCUGCUCGUUCGGCUCCGGCUACUCGUUCCUAUGGCCACGAAGUGUAGCUUACAGCCAAAAGACACUGGACGAAGCUGUGCAGCACGUGGGUUCUCUCGCGGCCAACUACGGUGGGACGGAGAUGCUGGAGCCGCUCAAAGCGACGGUUCAUCAACGCUAUCGGGACAUCCCGCUCGAAGUGAUGAUGCUUACUGAUGGCGCCAUCUGGAACCAGGAUAUUCUGUUCACUUACCUGAACGAGCAGGUCCAAGACACCACAGCGCCGAUUCGCGUCUACACCUUGGGUGUGGGAUCGGGUGUGUCACAUUCUCUUAUCGAGGGUAUCGCAAGAGCAGGGAAUGGGUUCUCGCAGACCGUGGGCGAGGGCGAAAAGAUGGACAGCAAGGUUGUUAGAAUGCUGAAGGGGGCCUUGUCUCCACAUGUUAACGACUACUCGCUUGAGGUCAAGUACGCUGGUGGUAUAGAGAGCCUCAACGAAGAGGAGGACUUUGAAAUUGUGGAACGAGUUGCAGAUAGCUUGACGGUGAAGCUUGAUUUGAACGAAAAAGCAGACGAGCCGAACACAAUCAAGCCGAUCUCAUUGUUCGACCCGUCUGCCGACCCUGACAGAAGCGAAAAGCCUGCCUCAGGAGCCUCAAACCUCCACAACGUUGCGACUCCCAAGAUUGUUCAGGCGCCCUCGAGGAUUCCUCCCCUCUUCGCCUUCAACAGGACAACAGUCUACCUACUCCUCGGUCCCGAUGCCCCACACCAAACACCCCUUUCCGUCCUCCUCCGCGGCACCAGCACCCAUGGUCCUCUCGAGCUUGAGUUUCCCAUCCAGGUGCUAGAUAGGCCCGGGACGACAAUCCAUCAGCUUGCCGCCAAAAAGGCCACGUUCGAGCUCGAGCAAGGCAGAGGCUGGCUCGCCGAAGCGAAAGAUGAGUCAGGGAAGUUGCUGAAAGAGCGGUACGAAAGCCGAUUUAGCAGCAUGAUGGAGCGAGAGGCAGUGAGGCUAGGCGUGCAAUUCCAAGUCAGCGGGAAGUGGUGCUCGUUUGUGGCAGUUGAGAAAAACAGGCCGACCGAACCGGAAAAGGCGCACACACAGUGGGAAUAUCUCGAAGACGAAGCCGCUCCAGAGCCACCACAUGAUUACCAAAUGCAAUGCAUGCUUCUGGAGCAGCAAAACAAAAAGCGGCUUCUGAUGGCGCGACAAGAGCAAGAUACGCUAGCCAGUGCUUCCUAUGGAACUACCAACCCUGAAGGCGUCAAUUCCCCUCCCAAAACAGUCGAGACACUGGCUGCAUCAUCUAGAAGUACCUGUUCUGAAAACGUCACAUCGCCACCCAAGACGGACGACGAGACCUUGGCUCUGCUCAUCUCCGUCCAGACCUUCGAAGGAGAGUGGAAGUACUCACCCCCUCUGUUCCUUGCACUCAAAAUAAGGGAAGAUGUGGUUGAAGAAGCGAGGACCAGGCUCAAUCAUCAUCUCUCUUCGAAGGCUGCAGCUGGAGAGACGGUAGAAUAUAGCGAAGCGGUGUGGGCUACUUCUCUGGCGAUAGUGUGCCUCGAGACGAAGCUGGCCAGUUUGCAGGGGAGCUGGGAAUUGAUCGUCGACAAGGCGAAGGCGUGGCUGUCAGGAAGUGUCGGGGCGGAAAGGAUGGAGGAGGUGUUAGAUAGGGCAAAGGAGCUUUCUGAUGAGAUCAGCAAGUACGAUGGGUCGAGGAUGAGGUCUGGUAACUAA